CCCUCCCGCGCAUUUAUUAUCCAUAAUGUAACCAACUUCAAAAGUGAAAACAAAUCUGCUUUAUAAACACCAUUUCUCCAUCUAUUUUCUUCUUCUUCCAGAUCUAAAAAAAAAACAAUGGGAUCACUAGACUUACCGUCGCCAAUUCCAAAUCUCAAAAUCAACGAAAAAACCCUUCAAAACCUCUUCAAAUCACAACAAAACCACAUCAAUUUCUUCUUCCAAAAUCUCAACAUUUCCCAAGCAUUAUCCUUCACCCAACUCCUCCUCAACUCAAACGGCACCGUCUUUUUCUCCGGCGUCGGCAAAUCCGGGUUCGUCGCUAAUAAAAUCUCCCAAACCCUAAUUUCCCUCGGCAUUCGCGCCGGAUUUCUCUCCCCCGUCGACGCAUUGCACGGCGACAUUGGGAUGCUGACGUCGCGGGACAUUCUCGUGAUGUUUAGUAAAUCUGGGAAUAGCGACGAGUUGUUAAAGCUUGCGCCGUGUGCUAGGGCGAAAAAUGUGUAUCUUGUGGCGGUUACUUGUGUUGAAGGGAAUGGUUUAGCGGCGGUUUGUGAUAUGAAUGUGCAUUUGCCGUUGGAGAGAGAGCUGUGUCCGUUUGAUUUGGCUCCGGUUACUUCUACUGCUAUCCAGAUGGUUUUUGGCGACACGGUCGCUAUUGCGCUUAUGGGUGCGAGGAAUUUGAGUAAAGAUGAGUAUGCUGCUAAUCAUCCUGCUGGUAGGAUUGGUAAAAGCUUGAUUUUUAAGGUGAAAGAUGUUAUGAAGAAGCAAGAUGAGCUUCCAGUCUGCAAGGAAGGGGAUCUUAUAAUGGAUCAACUAGUCGAGCUAACUAGUAAAGGAUGUGGUUGCUUACUUGUCAUUGAUCAAGAUUAUCAUCUGAUUGGGACAUUUACAGAUGGUGAUCUUCGGCGAACUCUCAAGGCUAGUGGAGAAGCCAUCUUCAAGCUCACAGUAGGGGAAAUGUGUAACAGGAAUCCUAGAACAAUUGGUGCAGAUGCAAUGGCAGUGGAAGCCAUGACGAAGAUGGAAUCGCCACCAUCGCCUGUUCAGUUUUUGCCUGUGGUCGAUCAUCAAAAUAUUGUGAUUGGCAUUGUUACACUGCACGGUUUGGUUUCAGCUGGUCUCUGAUCAAUGAACUUAGCUCAAUUCUUUUAUAUUGUUUCAAUUCUUUUUCCUAGGGUGAGUAUUAUUUUUUAUCUCCAUCAAAACUUGAAGUUACCCUUAGGCAGGGGAUAGUUUGUACCAUCACAUGUGUAGUAGGUAUUGUUGUAUAGCAAAGGAGGAUUCACUAUCUGUAUUCAGUUCAUAAAUGAUACUUGAUCUAGAGAUUGCAGACCCUUUUGUUAUAUUUGGUCGAAAGGCUUUUUUGUAACUUGACUUUUUAUUAAAAUCAUGAACUUUAGCAUAGUUUGUAA